AAAAAAAUCUUUCCAAAUAGGGGAUAUAAGCCUUGGUGUAGUUUUGCUAAUAAUUUCACCAAUGGCUUUACUAGUGGCUUUACUAGUAGCUUUACUAGUGAUUUCACUUAUGAUUUUGCUAAUAUUAUUGCUAGUACUUUUACUAGUAAUUUUGCUGAUGAUUUUGUUAGUGAUUUUACUAGCGACUUUACUAGCAGUUUUACUAGUUGUGCUAUUAAUACUUUUAGA